AUGGAUGAGGACAAUAAUGCCCAAGAAGGGGAAACUGAUGAUGAAAAUGAAAUUCAACAACAUUUGCUGGAAAAUACUUUGGAUGAUCGAGGAUGCUCUGUAUGGCUCGACUAUUCUGUAAUUUUACCCAAUGGAACUGUUAUUCAAGAUCCAUCAUAUGUCUUCGAUAUCAAUGUAGACUUGGCAUGCGCUGCAAGCACAGGACCAACUCCUACUCCUGCGCCUACUACUCCAGCUCUAACUACACUACAACCACUCCAACACCAUCUAAUCCAUAUAGUACAACAGACAACAAAUAACAACAGACUCUGCUCCAGUUUCGGAUCUACAUUCCUUCCAAGAUUUAAUUCGACUGCCGCUGGUGCUUCAAAUAAUUCAGGAAAACUUCAAUAUUCUCAUAUAGGUCUAGCCUUUUUAACUUUUAUAGUUGAAAUUGUCCAUUAG